AUGUCAUCCUCAAAAGAUGAUUCUGCUCAGUCAAACGACUCGAAGCACAAGGCCCAACCACCUUCCCCAACUUCCAGCUCCGUACCUUUGAACCCUGACCAAACUUCUUCUGCCGCUGGGGGGUUAAGUCCCGCAAUUUCUCCAUCGAAUACUACAGAUGCUGUUGCAAAUAGCAGCUUCGCAGCUUCUUUACCUCCUGCACCAGCUCACAAGAAGCUUGCGCACAAGCAGCGCGCUUCACCCUCUCUUCGACCCGUUUCACCGGCCAUGAACCCAUCAAGCCCCCUGAUUCGUCCCGCAGACUUGCCAGCCCUCGUGCCUUCUACAUCUCAUCCGGGUGGUGUGCGUAUGCGUCGCAAUGGCUCAAACCAUAGUGAGCAGCGCAAAUCUUCGCGUGUUAUUGUUUUCUCAGCUGAUGAUGACGAGGCCGAGCUUGAGGCUGAUUACGAGCGCGAGCGAAAAACAGACUUGGCUGACGUCCAUAAGGGCCUCAAAGUUGGCCGUAGACUACGCUCGAAGGGAGGGUCAGUAGUUCCUGGCACCGUGGGGUCGCCUUCAACAUCAAAACGUGGGUCCACUUCUGCCGCUGCAGCUUCUUCUCCCGUGAGUGGGUCGUCCUUCACCAAAACAACAGAACCUAGUGUAGAAGACCAAACGCAGCCAGCUUCCUCUUCGUCCCUUUCUACCACGGCGCAACAGAAACAAACUAGGGCGUCUAUCUCCUCAGAACCCAUUCCCGAGGUUAAUGACGAGCUUGAAAACAAUGGCGAGGAUUUUUCUUCUCCGCUUGAACGUGGUUACAGUGGAGUUUCUACUGGAGCCUCAUCCCACAAGUCGCGGUUUGGAACUCUACUGCAUGAAAUUGGCGAGAGCAAGGACCGUCACGAUGUUAAGACAAUGCGUAGACUGGAAGAAGACCUCGUUGAGGAUCUUGAGGAGCACGAUGAAGAAGACGAAGAAGAAGAUGAUGAAGAAGACAAUGAAGAUACUGCCAGUGUUAGCUCCACAGAGACAUUUACUUUACGUGAGCGUCAGGAUGCAAUUAAUAUUACCCAUCCGUUUGGUAUCCGUAUUUGGAAACCAGCUGUAUACAAGAAAAUUCGUUCCGUCCAGCGUUUUGCUGAAGGUGAAAUUCACUCGGGACCCAACAAGGAUAUUUCUUAUCUAGUUUGGCUUGGAAACAUUAUCUGGUCCGUUACCUUUGGCAUUUUGUUGCUUAUAAUUUCAUGGACUGGCGCGUUUCUUUUACGUGUUUUUUUCUUUUGGAGCCGCAGUGCAACAAUUUACAGCAGAACCUUCUUUAACAUUGGCAAGUAUCUUGUUUUCCCCUUUGGCAUUUGUGUCCAGCUCAAUUCAGAUAAAAACUACUUGCUUGAAGAUGAAGGUGAGGGCCGCACAAUUUCAGAGUAUCAGGAAUGGCAAACAGUUGACAGCAGACGAUUGUUUUUUGAUCCAUCGGCAAAUAGACCAGCAUCGCAAGAAGACCCCCAAGGCUCGGAGACUGCAGCUGAACCCUCUCCUAGAACCCGCUCUGACUCUAGCGGCGAAUCUUCUGUCAGUACUCAUGAAUUCCAACGCAAGCUCCGCUUUUUUGGUCGCGGCGACUGGAGUCUUGGUCGUGUUCUGUUUUUCUUUUGGUUUUACCUUACUCUUUAUCCUAUUCUGCUUCUCGUCUCUCUCAUUUGCUGGCUCGGUGUAUUUUCCAUUCCCAUGGGCAAAAUUACUAUGCUACUUUCUUAUCAUCUCCGCAGACAUCCUUUGGCUCUUUCCUUUAGACCUUCCAGCACUCUUAAGAAUUUGCCUCCUACUGAAUACGAAUCUUCCAUUUUGUUGUGCACUUACCGUGCUUUGGGUUCACGAUACUACAAGUACACCAUUGAUGGUACUAAUAUCUUUUUUAUCAAUUUGAUGGCACUUGUUGCCUUCGUCAUUGUGGACUACUAUACUUUCGAAUCUCUUGGAUUUGGUGGUAUUGUUGUUUCUCCCACCUUCAUUUUCGGUACUUCCAUGCUUUCUAUUGUUCCACUUGCCUACUUUAUCGGCCAGGCCGUGGCUUCUAUUUCAGCACAAUCAUCCAUGGGUAUGGGUGCUACCAUCAAUGCCUUUUUUUCCACAGUUGUUGAAGUAUUUUUGUACUGUGUGGCUUUGUCUCGGGGUAAAGGUGAUCUUGUCGAGGGAAGUAUCGUUGGCAGUAUUUUUGGCGGUAUUUUGUUGCUCCCAGGACUUUCCAUGUGUGCAGGUGCUAUCAAGCGUAAAACCCAGCGUUACAAUCCUAAAUCAGCCGGUGUCAGUAGUACCAUGCUUCUUUUUGCCAUUAUCGGUGCAUUUGCGCCCACCAUUUUUUAUCAAAUUUAUGGCACCUAUGAACUGCGUUGUACAGACUGUGAAUUAGAGUACGUAAGUGCUCUCAGUUUAGAUACCUCAGAAGACUGCCAACGCUGCCAUUUUUACCAGGCCCAAAUUACCACUGACUCCCUUUACUCAGACAUUAUCAAACCUUUUAGUUCGAUUUGCGCUUCUCUUCUCUUUAUUUCCUAUGUUAUUGGCCUUUGGUUUACGCUGCGUACCCACGCUGCAAUGAUUUGGCAGACUCCUACUUCUUCUGAGCUCCAUUCCCUGGUCAUCCCCCAUGGCACUGCUCCUCAGUCUAUUUUGCCAUUGACUCAUGAUCCUCACACCUCUGGUACUACUUCAGCAGAAGCUACAAGUUCCAGUGUGGCACAUACUGCCACAUCGGCCACUGUACGUUCCAACCGUGGAGCCAAAGUUUCUGUUGAGACUGGCAAUAAGGGCCAUGAAGAUCCUAGCGCAGCCGUUGUUGCUCAAGUUACUGAAGGUGGUGGUCACGACGCACCAAAUUGGUCGCGUACCAAGUCGACUGUUAUUUUAUUGGGUGCUACUGUACUCUAUGCUGUUAUUGCUGAAAUUCUAGUAGGCACUGUCGAUGGUGUUUUGAAGAGUGUUAGUAUUAGCGAGAAGUUUGUUGGUGUAACUAUCUUUGCCCUUGUUCCUAAUACGACUGAAUUCCUUAACGCUAUUUCCUUUGCCAUGAAUGGUAACAUUGCAUUGUCAAUGGAAAUUGGUUCGGCUUAUGUUCUUCAAGUUUGUCUUUUGCAGAUUCCAGCUUUGAUUCUUUACACAUACCUCUCAGCUCCACUUUUCCCUGACCUGACUGAUUUUAUGUUUACUCUCAUUUUCCCACGAUGGGAUCUGCUGAUGGUUAUUUUCUGCGUCUUUGUGUUUUCCUACAUUUACGCCGAAGGUAAGAGUAACUACUUCAAGGGCUCAAUUUUAGUGCUGAGUUACCUUGUAGUCAUGUCGGGCUUUUACUAUACUGGAUCCACGGCUGAAGCUGGAAUUUCACAACUCUCUGCGUCUUUCCGCAUGAUUUCAAAGGGUGGAACCAAGGUUUUGCCAAUGUAA